AAAACGGCAUCGUUUUACUGGGCCACUGGACCCAUCUCAUAAAAUGAGGCCAAACUGUGUUAUUUUCAUUUUUAUUUGGUCUUGGGCUGCUGCGCAACGGCCCCUCGGAGCGCCGCGGGUACACCGAGCGUCCCAUCUCUCUUUACAUGCUUUUAUUUGGAAGAGGGAAAAAUAAGCGCCAGCCCCGGCAUAAACACAUUGGCACACAUAUCUACUUUCUGCAAGCUCCGGUUGGUUGGACCCACCGUCAUAUUCACGUGGAUGUGCCUGUCAGAGAGAAUAUGGGCGGGUGCAACAUGGUGACGUGGAGGUCUAGAGAGAGGCGCAGUUGGGUGUGCGCAGGCAACAGCUGAAAUGAACAGAGAGCGGUGUAGUGUGCGUAUGCCUCUGGAUCUAAUAUCACCUACCUGUCCUUGUCACUCUGAUAGUCAGUCGAGGUAGCCGCUGUUUACCACAAAUGCUACUAUGGCAGCGCUCAGCGGUUUAUUUUAAAGCAUUUUCCAGUUAAAACAGAAAGAGGGCUUCAUCUCUACCGCAAGAGGAACCGCUCUGCUGUGCGGGCUUUUUCAUUUUUUAUUUUUUAUUUUUAUUUUGGAGAACUGAACACAUUCCGCCGAGGGAGUUUCUGCUUAUCCUUGUUGUACUAAAACUGGGACUUAAUCUGCCUUUGACAGCCAGUUUUGUGAUCUUUUACCGAUGAACUCUAUGAGGGAUCCAUUAAACAUAGACCAUCACCACCUAACAGGGAAUAAACUUGCCUCCACGCACCACACGGCUCUGGCGAUGGCCUCUAGUUUACAGCCGCUGCAGCGGUCUGUGGACUCUAAACACCGGUUAGACGUGCACACGGUCUCGGACACGUCCAGCCCAGAGUCUGUCGAAAAAGAAAAGAUCCAAACUAAAAACGACGACUCUUCAGAUGAUCCUUCUAAAAAGAAGCGGCAGCGGCGGCAGAGGACUCACUUCACCAGCCAGCAGCUGCAGGAACUCGAGGCUACUUUCCAGCGGAAUCGCUAUCCGGACAUGAGCACAAGAGAGGAGAUAGCCGUGUGGACCAACCUCACAGAGGCCCGGGUCAGGGUUUGGUUCAAGAACCGGCGAGCCAAGUGGAGGAAACGGGAAAGAAACCAACAAGCCGAGCUUUGCAAAAACGGCUUCGGUCCGCAGUUCAAUGGACUCAUGCAGCCUUACGAGGACAUGUACCCCAGCUACACGUACAACAACUGGGCCGCCAAGGGCCUCACGCCGGCCUCCUUAUCCACCAAAAGCUUCCCUUUCUUCAACUCCAUGAAUGUCAACCCUUUAUCCUCGCAGACCAUGUUCUCGCCGCCCAACUCCAUAUCCUCCAUGACUUCCAGCAUGGUGCCAUCGGCGGUCACCGGUGUGCCGGGCUCCAGCCUCAACAGCCUCAAUAACUUGAACAACCUCAGUAAUCCGUCUCUCAACUCGGGGGUGCCCACGACGGCGUGCCCCUACGCGCCACCGACCCCUCCUUAUGUGUACAGGGACACUUGUAACUCCAGCCUGGCCAGCCUGAGACUGAAAGCCAAACAGCACUCGAGUUUUGGAUACGCCAGUGUGCAAAAUCCGGCAACUAAUCUGAGCGCUUGCCAAUACGCCGUGGACAGACCAGUCUAAUACCUACCUGCACUGCAAAAAAUAACCACCUUAGCAAGUCAUUAGAGGCUGGUAGUGACGCUUAAAGUGUUAUUUCUCUCUAAAAAGGGAGCGAGGGAAUGUGGCGGUGAGAUAAUGGUCCUUUUUUUCAUGUGUUUCAGGAAAUGUCUUGAUCAUGUGGCAUUUUUUUUUAUACUGGUUGGAAUUAUGACUUUUAUUUUUCUCCUCGAGAUAUUGCCACAUGUAGCUUUGAAAAUUUCCAAAACAUAUCAAGAGAUAAGUCACAUUAUUCCACCGCACCCUGUUGAUACGUUUAUUGUGUUUUGGGGGGUGGGUGGGACUUUUUUUGAGGGUGAUUACAAAACCAAUUGGCUUGAUGUGGUGGUCAUUUUUUGCAGUGUGUGUGGUAAUCACAAACAGCCGGCCACAGGAACAAGAGACUACUACAACUACUUUUUUCAUUUUUCAAAAAAAGAAAAUGGGCACUAGAAGACUGAAACCACUGAAGCAAGCUCAACUCCAAGUCGGAGUCAAACUGAAACGGGAGAUUUUAGGUUUAUUCCCUUUUGAUGAGUCCAGGCCUGCUUCACACUGCGCCACAGCAGGAAGGAGAAAAAAAAGAGGCCUGUUUCAUUUUUUUUUCUGGUGGAUUUUUUUGGACGUUAAUUGUUGACUGAAAAGGUUGUAUAUAUAUUUGAAUUAUCAUCUCCUGUUUGUUCGAGGCGAAUGCGCUAUAACCCUCCUAAGUCCUCUCCAGGUUCAAUUUAU